GGCUCCAGGGCAUUGGAAACGGACUCCGGAGAUGGCAGAAAUUAGAAGGGAACGAGCUGCAUGGGUGAAGGAACCACCUCUAAGACCUCCCACAGAAGGGGAAACAGGACCACAACUGAACAAGCUCGGCCAUCCUUCUGACAGUAACAAACGGGAAGGAUGACGUUCCAAAGUACCUUCAUUCAUUCAUCCCCUCAAUAAAGGUCUACAGUGCUUACUCUGUGCUGGGCAAGAUUCUGAUUGUUGGGGAUGAAACAGUGACAAGACAGUCAGGAAUCCCUGCCCUCAGGGGGGUGGCCAUUCACUACAGUCGAGUCUUGACACCCUGAAAGUGAAGAGCUUGCCAAGGUGUGUCCUUUGCCUUGUGCAUGGGGACCAGUCAUCCUCAAGACACCCCCCUGAGGACCACCCCUCUGAGUCCCAGCUGACGGGCAUCCAUGGGCAGAACAGCUUCCUUAACCUUGCUGUCAGGGCCCUCAGAUAGUAGAUGCACCAGCCCUGGCCGCAGUCAGCAAAGCUCUGCUGUGGGCUGGUGAGAAUUAUACUAAGAAUCAGGCCUCCAGAGACGAAUCAGCCACAGAGAUGCACAGCAGCCCAUGCAGGCAGGCGUGCUGGGCCAGGGUGCGAGUGGGUGAGUGGGGGAGCAGGCCGAAAUGGGAGGAGAGAGACGCAGCAUCUUCAUUGGUGGCGGCUCUCCUUCCUGCCUGAGUUGUCUGACAUCCAUCUUGUGGCUUCUUAGGCAUGUUAUUACAUCAGAAGAGGAUAGAAACACACUGAGUUCAUCCUAUUUUUGCCAUCUUUAAGGUUCUGGUUUGGGGGAAAGUUAGAAAAAUACAACAAAACACAAAGGGACAGGGUAACUAUUACAGGACACACAAGACUAUUCUAGAAGACAUGAAGUGAGUCUUAGUGCAAUGUGCAGCCGAUAAAGAGGGUGAUUAAAGUAGUUCUUGCAAAACUACCUGAGAACAGAGAGUUUCGGGUAAAUGCAGGGCUGGAGAGGGGCUCUACAGAGACUGUGAGCCUGGAAAAGUUGAUGGGUCCACCACUCCACCCAUAGAUGUAAUUUAAAGUAAAAUUUUAUUCAUUUUUCGAAUGGCAUGUUUGCAUGCACGCAGAAAUUAAGAUUACAGCUUCUCUUUGUGUUUUCUGAUGGCGGGAUUCUGGGUACAUGCUCGCCUUGCUGGUGCCCAAGGCCCCCAGCCCUGGUUACCUGCAGGCAGCCCGGCCCUGGAAACUGGAUGGCUCUCAUCUGACAAGGAAGCAGCUGACGGCUUGUGCUGGUGGAGUGUGCACAAAUGUGGCUGAAUGUGGGGUUGAUCCAAAAGGGCACAUGUCCCCCCUCUUGCUGCCUAUGCACUCCUUGGUCCUGGGCGUUGGCAGGGAGGGGGAGCCUGGAGUGCUCCAGACUUUUCCAAGCAGCAGGUGUUUGGGCCGAGCAACCCCAACUAGCUUGCCCAGCAACAGGCCUUCCCUGCUGUGAUUGGCUGCUUUCCUUGGUCCUGGCUGAAGUCUGCCUAGCAGCAAAGGGAGUGACACCCUACAGCUACAGGGAAACCAAUUGUGCAGCCCUGACUAUAAAUACCCCAGAGCAGCUACGCCAGCCAAUCACCCUCCUUGAGGAUUCCCUUCCCAGAUCCUGUUUCCUCCCUCGGCCAGUGGAGCAGAGUUGCAGCCAGCUGUGCCCGCAGGAGGUGGCCUCCCUGUCCUCGCCUGAGUCUGGCCUGGAGCUCCAACCCAGCAUACCACAUCACCCUGGGUUGGCGCACGCAGUGGACCUGGCCCUCAGCCGACUGACCAACAUGCCCUGGGGGGCUGAGGGGCCUGGCUGGGCCUGCUUGUAGGAGAAGGCUGGAGCAGGCAGGCUUCUCCAGGGCAGGACCCUGCCAGGUGGAUCCUAAGUCCAGCCCACUGGGAACUGAGUGGGAAGCACUGAGUGGCAGAUCUGGUCGGGUAUACAGGGCAUGUCAUCUGAAUGGAGCCUGGUUAGGCCAGCACCCCAGAGGCGUGCUUGUUUCCAGGCUCAGGCACAGGUCCCAGUGGUCAAUUCCAGUGGCAGCCUUUCUGCAGACCAGCAGGUGGCCAGGGGAGAAUAUGGCAGGCCAGGGUGAUAGUGGCGUGGGAACCUCCUGCUGCCAUGACCCUGGCCCUUCCCCAGCCCCUCCCCGAGCCCCUCUGAAGCAGAGGCUCGAGGGCAGUCUCAGCGAGGGCAGGCUACUGCAGUAGCUGUGAAGGGAGAGAUGCAGGAAAGGUGGUGCCUCCUGUAGGAGGGGCAGGUAAGCCUGCAGGUUCCCCUUCAUGCCCAUCGCAGGAACUGGGCAUCUCUCCACAGCAGCCUGCCUGCACUAGGCUCUGAGGACAGCUCUGUGUCCUGGGGACAUACCUAUCGCUAGUGUGCAGAGAGAGCUUUCGCAUGGGGCUGCCAUGCAAAUGUUUGUCAAGCUGAACCAGGAAGGCUACCCGCUCAAUCUUCUCAGGGGGAGGCAGCAGGCUGAGCUAGGAGUCAAGAGACUUGAAGUUCAAGUCCCAGGUCUGACCCUCCCUGACAAAAAGGUGACCAGUCCAAGCUGCAGGCUCUUCAGCUGUAUAAUCGGGAUAGGGCCCUCCAGCCCGCUGCACAGAAAGGUGGGAAGAUCAGCGGGGCAUCCCUGUGCACGGUGGGAACUGUGCCUGGCGACACUGAAGUCAGGAGUUGUGGUUACCUAGCCCACAGGACACUUCCUCAGCUUCUUGGGAAGAAACCCAGCCCAUGCUGGCACCGCUGAGAGGAAACCUGGCAGAGAAGCAGCAUCCUCAGCAGACCCAGAUCAUCACUUCCUACGACAACCAAGGGACACAGCUGACUGUGGAGGUCCACCCUCGAGACGCCAUGCCCCAGCUGCUCAAGAAGUUCUCCUUGGCUAAAUGUUUACAAGGCGAUAAAAAUGGAAACACAAGACCCCGGCAGCCUGGGGGGAAAGACGCCCAUGCCUACCCCUGGGAUCGGUCCAGCCUGAAAUCCAUGCCCCUGGACCUGCGGCAGUUUGAGAAACUGGACACCUAUGCCUCACAGGUGACGGUCAAGAGUGGCCUGGAUGAGCUGGUGAGCGACCUGCUCCAGGAGGCCCACAGUGACCUGGAGAGGGUCCGUGCCAUCUGGAUCUGGAUCUGCCACCACAUAGAGUACGACAUCGAGGCGGCCCAGGAGAAGGACCGCCAGGCCUUCAAACCCACUGACAUCCUGCGGACCCAGAAGACCAACUGUGACGGCUACGCCGGGCUCUUUGAGAAAAUGUGCAGGAUCGCUGGAGUGCAGUGCAUGACGGUGCCUGGCUACUCCAAGGGCUUUGGCUACCAGACGGGGCAGAGCUUCUCCGGGGAGUUUGACCACGCCUGGAACGCCGUGUAUCUGGACGGGAGAUGGCACCUGGUGGACAGCACCUGGGGCAGCGGCCUGGUGGAUUCCGCCACCUCCAAAUUCACCUUCCUCUACAAUGAAUUCUACUUCCUCACCCAUCCCGCACUGUUCAUCGAGGACCAUUUUCCAGACAACAAGAACUGGCAACUGCUGAAACCUCCUCAAUCCCUGAGGCAGUUUGAGAACAACAUGUAUCACAAGAGUGAAUUCUACAACAAGGGGAUGCUCAGUGCCCACCCGGAGACUUCCAUGAUCAAAACAGUGAACGGGAAGGCCAUGGUGACCAUUGAGAGCUGUGCCCCGACGCUCUUCAUGUUUAUGCUCAAUGGCAAGCAGGAGCACGGGCUGCUGAGCCUCAGGAAGAAUGGGAUGAAGCUGGAAGUGUACCCUCCCACCGUGGGCACCCACAAGCUGCAAAUCUUUGCCAAAGGCAACUCUGACAUCUACAGCUCUGUGCUGGAGUACACGCUCAAGUGUAACUACGUGGACGACACGGUCCAGCUGCCAGCUGAGCUGCACCAGCCCGUGGGCCCCAGCUGGUUCUCGGAGCAGAUGGGCAUCACGAAGCCCUCCCACCCUCACCCCAUCAUCCACACGAGCGAUGGGCGCUGCUCCGUGAGCUUCGGCGUUGAGGAGGGCAUCAGUGUCCUGGCUUCCCUGCACGGGGACGACGGCCUCAUCACAGAGGAAACACAGCGGCGCUACAUUUUCCAGCUGCAGCGGGAGAAGCGGACAGAGCUGAAGGUCCAGCUGCCUCACGCCGGCAAGUUUGCCCUCAAGAUCUUCGUCAAGAAGAGGCAGGAAGCGGGCAACUACAUCUUCGUCUUCAAUUAUCUCCUGUGCUGCACCAACACCAAGGUGAACUGGCCCAUGUUCCCCGAGAGCUUUGGCAACUGGGGGCAGGACAAUGAGCUGCUGGAGCCUCUGACGGGCGUGCUUCCUGCUAACCGGAACGUCCCAUUCAAACUGAAGCUGCACGGCAUCGCCAAAGCCCUAGUGAAGGGGCAGGACACGUGGCCUCUGACCCUGAACAGCGAGGGCUACUGGGAGGGCAGCUGCAGCACGGCCGGCUGCCAGGAAGUCUAUGUCAUGGUGCUGGAGAACGCCAACCACAACUUCUACUCCUAUAUCCUGAAGUAUAAAGUGAACGCCCAGUGAGGGCCUGUGUCCCGUCACACCUCCCAGAGGGCCAGGCCUGCCCGGAGAGGGCCCAAGGGACGUGCAGAGAUCCCUGGACACCACUGAGUCUGCAUGAAAUCACUUCUAGGCCUCUGCCUCAGUUUCCCUGCUCUGCCGCAGGAGCUGUGAUGUUUGUGUUCUGAUGGCUUCACUCAGUUGUGGCAACGGCCAAGGCGACAGAGGCAAAGGACCUUUAGAAGAAACAGGUGCUAUGUAAAUCCAAGGUAUUGUAAACUGUCCACACUGCCCAGGUGCCCCUUCUCGUGCUCAUGCUGUUGUCGUAGCGUCGAUGUGGGAAAGCAGGGACGGUGCCCAGGCGGCAGGCUUGUCACGCCAUGAUUCGAGAAUUCUCCUCCGUGCCGAGAGGGACGUGAUUUGCCAGGCUGAGUCAUCUGGAAUCGUAGCGCCCCUUUCAUGUAGCAUCACAGCGUUUCUCACCACCUCCUGGACCCCACGGACGGUUGGACUGUCAUUUUCCCCAGACCUGACCAUCGUCCACAUUCCUGCUGCCUCUUCAUUGGGCGCUUCUUGCUCUUUAAGAGCCCUAGGAAAAAGAAGGUGUGGAGAGGAAGCUAGCCAACUACCCCUGGCUGGGGGCUGGGGGCCCUCAGAGUCCCUGUGUGUACUGGGAAUGUGGCAACAGAAAGUUAUGGGGAGACUCUAAAGCAAAGAGCAGCCAGUGCCCACUCGUGAGUGUCCUGGGUGGGGGACCAAGGGGUGAAGGGACCCUAUGGCCAUCCUGCCACCUGAGUCUAAGGGAUAAGACCUCCAGCUCGGCUCCCAGAGGAGCCUGCUGGGCAGUUAGUUCAGUCUAAGGUCUGGGGUGGCCUUCCGGGCGCCCUCAGAGCCUGGGCCUCUGGGCCCCACCUACAUCCUUCACAGGGUGCCCCAAGAUGCCUGCUAGGCCUUGGGGAGCCUCGUCAACAACUCAAAAUAAAGACCUGGGCAGGGAGGUCAGGCAAGGGUAUAGUGCAAACUGCAGUGCCCAGGAGCCUCCCAUGAUAACAGGGCUCUGCCGGCCCCCAGGAGUCCCUGCCACCAACACCACAGCUGGGGGCCUCCACCUGCCCUGGGAGCAGUUUUUGUGCUUGUCCUUAUCCUAUCUUCCUCCCUCCUUUUCUCUGACAAGAGAGACCCCUGGGGUCCCGCCUUCUGUGGGGCUCAGGCCCCAGAAGCCUGGGCUGCCCAGCUGACCCUCAGCAGCACCUCAGGCUGGUGUUGCCAUGGCAACAGCAGAAAGGCUGGCUCUGGCAGGGCAGCAGAGAGGGAAGGAUGGAGAGGCCGUGCGUGGCCGCUGCAACACGCUCCCGGCACACAAAGACCCCUGAGAUUGUCCCUGCUGACCUCCUGGCUUCUCCAGCUCUGCAGCCCCUGACAGCUGACACUGCCCAGCACUCUGCCCCCCACUGGUGCUGCAAAUGCCCCCAGGCUCAGCUAUAGCCAGGGUCAGCCAGGGAUCCUCACAGCCGCCUCUGCCUUCCUCCUCACCUUUGUGUAUCCAACACACAUUCAUGGGCACUUAAUAAGUACCAGGCACUGUGCUAGAUGCUGGGCCUACGGAGGAAACCAAGGGGGCCCUGCCCCUGCCUCCCAGAGCUCAGGGUGGGGGGCAGCAGCCUCCGUUGGUUACCCAGGCCUGUCUGAAGUUCCAGGCUCCCAACACUUCGCUCCAGCAUCUCCCUGGGGUCCCUCCCCCAACGGUCCCCACUGCCACCAGCAUGGACCUUUCCCAGAUCGACGUUACAGCGGUGCCCGUCCUCCACCAGGCUGGGGGCCCUGGAACCCAAGGGGAGCACCCCCAUGGGGGCUGACCUGCCCUGGCCUGUGUCCAGCGCCAUCCGGCAAGCUCUGCCAUCCAGGCAUUGGGCACCACGUCCCUCGCACCUGGAAAAUGCACAGAAGCCCCAGAGGCGGGACCACUGUGAACCACGACUCGGAAACAAGGGGAGAUUUUACACCCUGAAAACAGCCUUUUCUCACACCUUCCAUUUUAUAAACUGAAGUGUGCUGUGUUUCAUCAAAAUAAGUGCCUUCCAUACAUCUUUUCAAAAACAGUAUAAUUAGUCACUACAUUGUGGAGCGUGCAGAGGAUGCCACCCAGCAAAGCAGGAGCUGUCCCGAGAACCCGAGCGAGGCCCAGCGCUCAAAGCGCCCGCAGCGCAUCCGCGCUCCUCCCCAGUGUUCAACCAGGCAGCCCUUUGUAAAGACAGCUGCAGGCACAGUCAGAAAAUCACCUGCAUUUCUUUCCCCUAAGUAAAAAUACAUGAAAUGAAAUCCAAUCUUCAUGAAUUUUUACACGCGUGCUGCUCAGGGUAGAAUUCGAGGUUGCAUUUUGAAAUCUUUUCUUGCAUUUUGAAGCCCAUCUUUGUUUCCCGGUCGAUGAGUCCCGGCGGCCGGUGGAAGGGGGCGGGCGCCCCCUGGUGCCCAACGUGCGGAGCUGCCGGCGCUGCACCCCUCCGCGAGGCUGAAUCGGUCACCAAGGUUUUUACGCCAAAAUUGCAAAAUGGUCUUGGGACGUUUAUGUUAAAUUCACUGGGUGCUUUCUUGUGGCCUCUCAGCGCUUCCUCGUGUGUACGCGGAGCACAUCGCUGCCACGCACAGACUGUGAGGCGAGCCUGGCAUGGUGAGAAGACGUGGAAUGUAAGAGGAUUUGGGAGUGCUUUGCCCGGAAAUCCCAUCUUGAAACGGAAACACUGGAUACGGAACUAGGUGGGACGGCUUUGACCACGCUCAUUGCUGUGCCAGUGAAGGACUGAAACUGAGCGAACUCAGGCAGCUUUUGCUGGCAGGUCCUAGGGUGGCAACCCUCAGGCCACAGGCAGAAGGGGAUGCAGAGAGUCCGGGAUGGGGGAAGCGCUAGGCCAGAUGGGCCACCACCACGGCUGCAAGCGACUUCUUUUCAACUGGUUUCGGAGGCGCCACCGGCACCGCAGGACUCCACUUUCAAUCCGAUUACGAUCAUUGUGAGUUCCCCAUAUGUUACAAUGUCCCACCAGGACAAACCCGUCCCACACAGCCUGCUGAGUUUAAAAGGAAGUGAAUAGAUUAACUGAAGCAUGAAGGAUUUAGGCUAGACUUAAAGAACUCUUUCCUGUUGUUAAGCAGGAGGGACAAGUUGCCAAGAAAGUUUGUGAAAUCCUCUUCUCAAAGGACUUGAAAAGUAGAAGCGUUUUCCCAGUGGUCUGGGGCUUGAGAGGCCAGCUCAUUGGAAGGAGGACGUUCUGCCCAAGCCAGUUAGCCCUUGAAAUGCACUAGAUGGUCCACAGCGGACACAGGUGAACGGUGGGGCCACGCCCUCCGCCAUUGGCAAAGCAUUCUAAGCUGGUGUGCAUCCGAGUCCCACAUCGGUUUAUCUGAGGUCUGUAAUUUCUUUUCAUUUGGAGUAAGUAGUUGGAACUCUUGAGAGGUGAUUACUUUUCAUAACGUGUGCACUGAGUUGCGUGGGCCGGUGGCUGUUGACUAUGCUUUCCCCACAUUGUUGCUGGUGUUGUUUUUCAAUAAAAUUUAUAUUCAUUUUUA